AUGGUUAUUGCAAUGCGGCAUGGAGCCCAUCUAAUAUGGGUAUGCCUUCUCGUCUGCUGUAUGGUAGACAUAGGGGCCUCUAUGGAGUUUACAGGUGCAGAGGGCCAGUGGGCCAGGUUUCCAAUGUGGAAUGCAUGUUGCGAGAGUGAAAUGAGCUUCAACAUGAAAACCAAGAGUUCCCACGGGCUGUUAGUGUACUUCGAUGACGAGGGAUUCUGUGACUUUUUAGAACUCCUAAUACACAACGGUAAACUCAGUCUUCGAUUCUCCAUCUUCUGCGCUGAGCCUGCAAUGGUUCUAACCAACACCACGGUGAACGACAGCCAGUGGCACACGGUGACAAUAAAGAGAAACUUUAAAAACACAACGCUAGUGGUGGACAAAGAGGUGAAAUGGGUCGAAGUGAAGUCGAAAAGAAAGGAUAUGACUGUCUUCAGCUACCUGUUCCUUGGGGGGAUACCGCCGGAAGUACGCUCUGUGGCUUUACGGUUAACGCUGGCUGCUGUCAAGGACCAGCUGCCUUUUACCGGAUGGAUAACGGACGUAAAGGUCAACAAGACAGAUUCGGCUCUCCUAAACAGCGCGGGGGUCAUUAACGACCUCUGCAGUGCGGCGGCCAACAUGUGUUUCAACGGAGGGGUCUGUAAUGUCAUUAACCACGAACCCAAGUGCGACUGCUCGCAGACUGGAUACCAGGGCAAGGACUGCAGCGACGAAGACAACCGUGUUGAAGGUCUGGCACACUUGAUGAUGGGCGACCAAGGUAUGGGCUCUGGUAAGGAAAGAGAAGGUUGGCUUCGAAGGUCCCUACUGAGCAUUCCAGGAAAAGAAGACUACGUGGCGACCUUCAAGGGAUCCGAGUUCUUCUGCUACGACCUGUCCUUGAACCCGAUCCAGAGCAGCAGCGACGAGAUCACCCUGUCCUUCAAGACGUUACAGAGGAACGGUCUGAUGCUUCACACGGGGAAGUCUGCAGACUACGUCAACCUGGCCCUGAAGAACGGAGCUGUAUCGCUGGUCAUUAAUUUGGGAUCUGGAGCCUUUGAAGCUCUGGUGGAACCAGUCAAUGGGAAAUUCAAUGACAAUGAUUGGCAUGAUGUCAAAGUUACAAGGAAUCUACGUCAGGUAACUAUAUCCGUGGAUGGGAUACUGACCACCACAGGGUAUACUCAAGAAGACUACACCAUGCUAGGCUCCGACGACUUUUUCUAUGUUGGCGGGAGUCCGAGCACGGCUGACCUGCCUGGAUCACCUGUUAGCAACAACUUUAUGGGUUGUCUGAAAGAGGUCGUGUACAAAAACAACGACGUGCGACUCGAGCUGUCCAGGAUGGCCAAACUGGGUGAUGCCAAGAUGAAGGUUCAUGGCAUUGUGGCUUUCAAAUGUGAGAAUGUGGCAACCCUUGACCCCAUCACCUUCGAGACCCCCGAGUCCUACAUAACUCUCAACAAAUGGAACGCCAAGAAGACAGGCUCCAUCUCCUUUGACUUCCGUACCACAGAGCCCAGCGGGCUUCUCCUCUUCAGCCACGGCAAGCCCAAACAGGCCCCCAAGAGCCCCCUGACAUUGAAGGUGGACUUCUUUGCCAUCGAGAUGUUGGACGGACACCUGUAUUUACUGCUGGAUAUGGGGUCCGGGACCACCAAGACCAGGGCCGUCAACAAGAAGGUCAACGAUGGGGAGUGGUACCACGUAGACUUCCAACGGGACGGACGAUCAGGUACCAUCUCCAUCAACACGCAGCGCCAGGCCUACACGGCCCCAGGAGAGAGUGAGAUUCUUGAUCUGGAUGAUAACCUGUACCUUGGAGGACUACCAGAGAAUAAACUAGGCAUGGUCUUCCCUACAGAGGUCUGGACAGCUCUCCUAAACUAUGGCUACGUGGGCUGCAUCCGGGACCUGUUCAUCGAUGGCCAGAGUAAAGACGUCCGCCGCAUGGCCGAGGUUCAGAAGGCUGCAGGGGUCAAACCAUCCUGUUCUAAAGAACCGCCCAAGCAGUGCCUGUCAAACCCCUGUCAGAAUAACGGGGUCUGCCGGGAGGGAUGGAACCGGUACGUCUGUGACUGCUCUGGGACAGGAUACCUGGGCCGCUCCUGUGAGAGGGAUGCGACCAUCCUGAGUUAUGACGGUAGUAAGUUCAUGAAGAUCCAGAUGCCGGUGGUGAUGCAGACGGAGGCUGAAGACGUGUCGCUGCGGUUCCGUUCUCAACGGGCAUACGGCGUGCUGAUGGCCACAACUUCACGUGACAGCGCAGACACACUGCGCCUGGAGCUGGAGACCGGCCGUGUCCGCCUCACAGUCAACCUAGACUGUAUCAAGAUUAACUGUACUACCAGCAAGGGUCCAGAGACCAUUUUUGCUGGUCAGAACCUGAACGAUAACGAGUGGCACACGGUGCGUGUGUUCAGGAGGGGAAAGAGUUUGAAACUCACCGUCGAUGAUCUUCAACCUGUAGAAGGUCAAAUGGCAGGUGACCACACCCAGUUAGAGUUCCACAACAUUGAGACGGGCAUCGUGACGGAGAAGAGGUUCCUUUCACUGGUGCCCUCUAACUUCAUAGGCCACCUGCAGAGCCUCUCCUUCAACGGCAUGGCCUAUAUAGACCUGUGUAAGAAUGGUGACAUUGACUACUGUGAGCUCAACGCCAUGAUUGGCUUCAAGAACAUCAUUGCCGACCCUGUCACGUUCAAGUCUCGGUUGAGCUACGUUGCUCUGACCACUCUCCAGGCCUACUACUCUAUGCACCUGUUCUUCCAGUUCAAGACCACCUCAUCAGAUGGACUCAUACUGUUCAACAGCGGGGAUGGAAACGACUUCAUUGUGGUCGAGCUGGUCAAGGGCUACCUGCACUACGUAUCAGACCUGGGGAACGGAGCUCACCUGAUCAAGGGUAACUCCAACAAGCCUCUGAAUGACAACCACUGGCACAACGUCAUGAUCUCACGAGACACUAACAACCUCCACACCGUCAAGAUCGACACCAAGAUCACCACCCAGACCACCAUGGGAGCCAAGAACCUGGACCUGAAAGGCGACCUGUAUAUAGGUGGCGUGGCCAAAGAGACGUACAAGGAGCUUCCCAAAUUAGUUCACGCCAAGGAAGGCUUCCAGGGUUGCCUAGCAUCAGUGGACCUGAAUGGACGCCUCCCGGACCUGAUGUCAGAUGCUCUGGCAUGUGUCGGCCAGAUAGAGAGGGGCUGCGAAGGCCCCAGUACAACAUGCCAGGAGGACUCAUGUGCCAAUCAGGGUGUGUGCCUGCAGCAGUGGGAGGGGUUCAACUGUGACUGUAGCAUGACAUCUUUCGGAGGGCCACUCUGCAACGACGCUGGAACUACGUAUAUAUUUGGCCGUGACGGUGGACUAAUCACGUAUACAUGGCCUCCCAAUGACAGGCCCAGUACGCGGGCAGACAGGCUGGCCAUAGGUUUCAGCACACAGCUAGAGGAUGCUGUUCUGGUGAGGGUGGACAGCUCAUCUGGCCUUGGAGACUACCUGAAGCUACACAUUGAAAAAGGAAACAUUGCAGUUAUAUUUAAUGUUGGAACGGACGACAUAAAUAUCGAGGAGACAGCAAAGUUUGUAAAUGAUGGAAAGUACCAUAUAGUGAAGUUUACGCGGAGUGGUGGUAACGCCACACUACAGGUGGAUGACCUACCUGUCAUAGAGCGCUAUCCCACAGGCAACAAUGAUAACGAACGCCUGGCGAUUGCUAGACAGCGAAUCCCAUAUCGACUUGGUCGAGUAGUUGACGAAUGGCUACUCGACAAAGGUCGGCAGCUCACUAUCUUCAACAGCCAGACCACCAUACAGAUAGGUGGCUGGGACAGGGACAGGAGUCGCUCGUUUCAGGGCCAGCUCUCAGGCCUCUACUAUAACGGGCUGAAGGUGUUCAACAUGGCCACUGAAGGAGAUUCUGACAUCCGCAUCCAGGGGAGCGUGAGACUGGUGGGAGAGUCACCCUCUUCCAUCACGCCACAGUCCAGUGCCAACACGGGCAACCGGUCGGAGACGUCCACCUCCAUUAUGGAGAUCACCACGACCACGGCAUCCAGUAGGAAAGUGAAGCAGACGACGCCACGAGAACCUCAUCAGACGACGGACGAUCUGCCGGUGGCAUCUGCGGAGUGUCCGAGCGAUGACGAGGACAUUGAUCCCUGUGAGCCGAGCUCAGGUGGGUUAGCUAACCCAACAGGCCCGGCAGUGAAGGGCUACCCAGGUCCAUCGGAGGGGGUGUUCCGUGAGUCAAGCAGUACCACAGGGAUGGUGGUUGGCAUCAUAGCGGCAGCCGCCCUCUGUAUCCUCAUCCUGCUCUACGCCAUGUACAAAUACCGCAACCGGGACGAGGGAUCUUACCAUGUGGACGAGAGCCGUAACUACAUCAGUAACACAUCGCAGUCCAACGGGACGUUGGUGAAGGACAAACCGCCGAACGCAGCCAAGACCUCCUUUAAGAGCAAGAAGAAUAAGGACAAGGAGUAUUACGUGUGAUCCUUACUGUCUCUGGUCUUCGCCACUGGCCCGACAAACUUUUUGACUCGAGAAGACCAAUCAGGAGAUCAGAAGACCACUAAAAAGUGUAUAAUAAUGAACAAACGAAAUUCAACAAAAACUACAAAAUAACAUUGUGUCUUUCAUUUUACCCAAGACAUGGUGGGAUGGUGUUAUACCCAAAUGCCAAAUGGACUAAAAAAUAAAACAGAACAUCUUCCUUUAGAUUCUUAAAACCAACAAACUGGGCUUUAGGAAAUAGCACCAGGGAGAUAGAGGUACUCUAUUGGACUAUACUGAAGAGGGUUUGGAACUGCAGAAUAAUCAACAGGAGUACCUAUACAUCUUAAACCAACAAACAAUCCAACCAAUUGUUCAGUUUUAUUCCGUUUAUUACCAGGAUAUUGGUAAUCCAAACGGGAGAAGAGAGAUGCAAACGGGCGAGGAGAGGUAUACAAUUGAGGAAGAUAUAGUACAACUAUAAACUCCAAUGUUUAAUUUACAUAUCCUGUGUUUGUGUUAACUGGGAACUUUUCUAUGAGAAAAUACUUAAAACGCACAAAUGAGGUAAAUAAAGAAAACCCAACACCAAACAUGUGCAACAACAGAUGACGAGGGAAUAGAAAAGAGAUGGCAUAAUGGGAAGGCAAGGUAACAGUGAAGAAGGAAGUGAAAGGAUAAAUAUGCUACCUACUGUAUGUUUGACUAACCAGCCAAAGUAUUUGCACUUUUUAUGGUGGCAAUGAUGGGCAAAACACAGACUAAAGGGGCAAUGAUGGGCAAAACACAGACUAAAGGAACAAUGAUGGGCAAAACACAGACUAAAGGAACAAUGAUGGCCAAAACACAGACUAAAGGUACAUUUGGCUGCCUGAUCUAUCAACAGUGCAAAGACAAAAUGGCCUCCCAUUAAUCUUGAUCUAGAGAGACUUAUGUCAAGUUAUGAUUAAGAUUCAUCUUUGCCAGUUAAGAAAUCAUGAUGCCUUAGAUUCCACACUGUUGUUGAAAACUAAGGCAAAGUGUUUUACAGAAUUCUGGAAGGAGAAGUCUGAAUGUUCUGAAUGCGAUCAUUCUGAUACUGGAACACUCCAUGCACGCAAACGUAUCUUAUUACAGUACAUGUUUAUAUACAGUACAACCACAUCUAUAUGUGCUUUCUGGACAGUGACAAAGUGGUGUUUUAUAGCCUGUUGUAUAGAUGACCACGCAAGCUAUAUCUGCUCCUCCUCCAACCAUUUUUGGAAUAAAAAACAAAUAAAAAAAUGACAAAAAUACCAAAUUAAAUGUUACUAAGUGUUGCUAGAUAUAGAAGAUUUUAUGAUGAUGUUGAUCGGCAUUUACUUUUCUUUUCAGUUGGAUUCUUUAUUCCCCCGUUAAACAUCUGUUUAGUUUUUAUACAAAUGCCAACCUGAUCUAAUAGAUAUAUUGACCCCGCCCAGUAGUAGCCUGACCGUCCUCAAACUGUACAAGGUAAUGAUAGUGGACAGUAGAGACCUGGUAUGAUGAUAUGCAGGAUGAGGUCAUGUCUCCAGGGUAUCACAAACUUUCUCCCCAUUCCUGCUCCUUCCCAGUUCCUGGGGCAGUAACAGUAACGGAUGGCCUUCCUCCCUAUACCUGCCCCCCAAACUAAACCUAGCUAUGUAUGAAUGAAGACGUAUACUACUGAUGAUGUUGCUGUAUGUUUUCCUAUAAGUGGUCCUAUAACAUGAUUGUUUAGUGUAUGCUUGGGCUGAUGCAAACAAACUGAAGAAGAAAUAGGAAGAGAUCAUUUGAACCGUUUGUGUUUUUGUCAUUCUACUGUCAGCUCUGUUCUGCUGUCCUGGUGACCUGAUGGACUUGGAAUGAGUGCUACUAUGACCUAUAAAUAAUGAGGACUAUUAUAAAUUCUUUGAUUGUUCAUUUCUUUUUAAUUUCUACAUGUGCUAUUUUUUUCUACAGUGUUUUAUGUUCGAAUUGUGACAAUGUCUUUAUUAUUGACCUCAGUAACAUUUAUUAUAAAAAAAAUAGUUUUGAAAAAUGAAAUGAAUAAUUGAAAUAAAAUGUUACCAAAGUGAACUUCA